UUUUAUUAUUACACAGGCCAACAUGUUGGUAAAGCUGUUGGAGGAGGAAGUGCAGGCUUUAAACAAUUGCGAGCGCUUCAAUCAAAUACGCAUUGCAUUCAGCAAUUUCCACAAGGAUGUGAAGAAACUGAACACAUUCAAUUAUUUUAGCGGCAAUGAGGCACACAUCAAAGAGUUGCAACGUCGUUUGAUUGCCGUGCUGCUGGAGCAUAAUCUUGUCGAGAAGCCAGUGCAGAAAAAAGAAGAGAAGGAUGACGAUGAUGAGGAAGACGAUGAUGAGGAGGAGGAGGAGGACGAACUGGUCGUGCAGGUCAAGGCCAACUGUGAGGUCGAUCAGCUGCGCGGCAUAAUGAUGUAUUUGAUACUCAACAGCGCCCACAUUGAGAGCGUCAAGGCGGAGCACAAGCUCGCCGAAUGCAAUCCUCAAUGCGUGCAUCUUCUCCAGCAGCUGCCCGCUCCACUCGCCCAGCUGGUCACCGUCAGUCUGGCCCUGAAGUGCGGCCUGCAGCAGCAAUUCUUCGAGUUCCUGGCAUGUGCACCACACUGGCUCAGCGUCCAAUACAUCGAUACCCUCAAUGAGACGCUCACGCAUCUGGUUGAUGACCAUCACGAGGCGUUGCCGCUGCUCGCGGACACUUUGCGGGCCGUGGCCAAAUCGCUGGGCUACCAUGCGGCACACUAUGGCCAGCAAUCGGCGUGCUUUGGGGCACAGCCCGAGCUGCUGUUGCAGGCAACAAUGCGACUGCUGCAGCGGCAUCUGUUGUACGACGAGGAGCGACUGCGUCUGAUACGCUCCAGCGUGGGCAGGCAUCGCUAUAUGGGCGAGGCCAUGAAGCACCUGCUCGACGCAUUGCUGCUGACCCUAAGCGAGGAGGAAUCCUUUCAGCUGCCCGACUACUUUGUGAUCUAUGCGCUGCUCUCAUCGCCUUUGGGGGCAAUUGCUGCUGCUGGGGAUGGGAAGGCAUUGGGAGGUGCACCCAUGCUGCGUACAUUUGCCAGCAAACUGAUGGAUGCAGUGCAGCGUUUGCUGCCCCAAGUCAGCGUCGAUGCCUACAUGACGUGGCACGAGCUGCCGUCGGGAGUGCCGCUCUUCAGUCUGCAGACGCACAUCAACAAUCAGUGCGCCAAGCUGCUGCAAUCCCUCGAGCAGGUGAAGGAGAAGGACAGCAGUCUGAGCAAUCACAGUUUGGGUGCACAGCUGACGAACUUUGCGAGAAGCGCUGAAACCUUUCAGCAGCGUCUGGAGCAGCUGACGUUGGGGGAACUGCUCAGUUUCCUGGAUGGCGACGACGAAAGUGAAGCAGCCAACGAGGAGCAGCUGCUGGCGGCACUCAAUCAACUGAUGCAACGUCCCAUUGCCUUUGGCAGCGAUGAGUGCAUCGAGAGUCUGGCCAAGCAUGUCCAACUGUUGGGUGAGGAACAUGCCCACCUGAUAAUCGAUCAUCUGAGCGCUGUGUUCGAGGUGAAGCAGGAGCAAAUGGAGUCGGACGAAGCGGAUUACGAAGAUUACGAUGAGAUCUAUGGCGAGCUCUUGGCCAAGGUGUUGUAUCCCAUCUUCAAGGCAUUGCCGACGGUCCAUCAAAAGCUGCGAUUCCUCGAGAAGCGCGACAUGUUGCGAAUCCAGGACGAGCUGAGUUUUCGCUUGAGUGAAUCAUCCGCCAAUCGCAUUGGCUUCUUCAAUACGCUGAGCUAUCGCCAGGACCAGUUUCCCAUGAUGCAGUUCCUCGAUCUGUGCUACCAGCAGCCGGCACAGACGUGGCUAUCACUCGCUCAGCUGGGCAUGAGGCAUCCGCAGUUUGGCAAACUCUACUGCAACAUAGCCAUCGCUUGUGCGGCGCAUGCAAUGCAUAAUUUGGACUUCACGUUGCAUCAACUGAUGCUGGACGAAACGCUGCUCACGCACAAGAAUUCCGCUGAUGAGGAUGAUUUCCUGCUGCGUCUCUAUGAGCUGCCUUUGGUGCUGCAUUCCCCACUACGCUCGCCACAAAUGUGUCUCCAGCUGCAACAGAAUGAAUCUGCAACGAUCUCCCAGUUCACCGAGCAGCUGCAACUGGGACAACGCAAUUAUCUCUCGGCCUGUACCAUGGGCAUGGAGAAGUUUGCCGAUGCCCAGAACUAUGCGGCACUUGGCAGAAUCGCAGACACGUUGCUGAAGCUGGAACGCAUCGAGCAGCGUUCUCGCAAUUUCAACAUACAAUUUGGUGGUGGCCAACGGCGACGUCGUUUGGCCAAGAAAUAUGCCACGUUGAUGGACCAAAUGAGCACUUGGCGCAUUAGCAAUUGGAAGCUGACGUUCGAGUUGAUUGCCACCAUCGAUAAGCUGCGUGGACAGUUGCGCAACUUUGAUGCACAGCGCAGCUAUGUCCUAGAUCAAUUCAUGGCAUAUUACGUGGCGAAUAUGCCGCGUGCCUUGCGCAUCAAUCCAGAUAUGCAGCAACAAGUCAAAGCUUUGGUGGAGACGUUGACGCACAAGGAGUUGUGGGAAGAGGAGCAACUGAUUAUGCUAUUACCCGACAUUCCCUCGCAAGCCAAGGACUGUGCAUUGCUGCUGGAGAAAGCCUCGUCGGUGGAGGCCACCAAUCUACUCAGUCUGGCGAUUCUCCGUAAGCUGGACAACGAUGUCUUGGAGACGCUUUCUCGUUACGUUGAUGACGUUGGCACAGCGGAGGCCCAAAGAGGCUACAGCUUCCUGCUGAAAGCUUAUAUGAUGGCCUAUAAGGAUGUCUUGAUAGCGCCAGCAAAGCCAUCUGAUUAUCGCUUGCUCGCAGAGCAUUUAAUGCGCACUCCCAAGUUGCUGUUGCAGGAAAAUCUGUGCAUUGCCAUCGAGAAUCUGAAGACGCUGCGUGCAACGGACGCAUCAACUGAAACAUAGUAUUAAAGCAGUUAUAACUAGAUAUAACAUACAUAUUAUAAGAUACUCAAUUAGCCAACUAAAUGAGAGUUAAUUUCGAAUUUACAUAUUACGUUCCUCAACAAAUCUGUUUAAUGAAAUGUGAACAAAUACAUAUAUGAAGCUAAUUU